AUGGUUGACAAUGUAACAAUAAAUUAUACUAACUCAUACGAUGAUGAAUAUGGAGAUGGAAAUGAAGUAUUUAUUCCAUCAGCUCAAAUACAAUUUUGGACAUAUCUUAUCUUAGGAAUUCCAUCACUUUUUUGCACUAUAUUUCUACUUUAUCAUUUAAUAUUUGAUCGACGUUUACGUCAACAAAUACAUAAUCAUGUUGUAAUUGUCUUACUUUUUCUUUGUCUUGUUAUCUUAGCUGUCGAUAACUCGUUAUAUCUUGAUGGAUGGCGUGUAGGUCAUGGAAAUUCAAUUGCAUCGACACCUACUAUAUGUUUAUUCUGGUGGUUUAUUGAUUACGGUUUUUACGGUGCAAUAUCUGUAUUUCUCGUAUGGGCUUCAUUCGAAAGACAUAUACUUGUAUUUCAUCGACGUCAAUUUCUUAGUACAAAACGUAAAAUUUUUUAUGUUCAUUAUCUUCCUUUAAUUAUUAUUUCAAUUUAUACAAUUGGAUUUUAUAUUGGUGUAAUUAUAUUACCGCCAUGUAAAAAUAUUUUUUAUUUUAAUUAUUUAGCAUGUGGUUCAUCGCCAUGUUAUCAAGAAAUAUCAUGGAUGAAUACAUGGGAUUAUUUAUUUAAUGGUGUUUUAUGUAAUAUUUUCGAAGCAAUAUUUAGUAUAUCAUUAUUAUUGAGAACAAUUUGGAAAAAAUAUUAUUCACAAAAUCGUUUUCGAUGGAAAAAAUAUCGAAAAAUGACUAUACAAUUACUUUCAAUUUCAACUCUAUCAUUAUGUAUUCAUCUUCCUCAAUCAUUAAUUAUUCUUGUUCGACAAAUUCAACCUAAUAGGAAUGAUUUUGGUGCCAAUAUUGAACCGUAUUUUUUUUAUUUAACUGGUUAUGUUAUUUUCUUGGUACCAUUUGUAUCUCUUGGAUGUCUACCUGAAUUAUGGCCGAAACUCUUACUUUUUAAUCAACGACAUCACUGCAUGAUCGGUCCUAUGACAAUGAUUGCUGCUGCUGCUACUGAACAAACAAUUCUAAGAUCAAAAGAUGGUUGA